UACUCUAAUGGGCUGGUGGAGCAUAGUUGAGAAAUUGUGCUGCAUCGUGGUUAUUAACCCUGGUUGUGUAUAUAUUUUUCUCCCUGAGGGCCAACCAAAACUUUUAAAAAUGGAAGAAAAAGACCAGGCAGGAUCCAGAGGACCUGAGAAGAGAUUGGAAGAAGUAGGAAGAGGCCAGGAUAUCUGUGUAGAGACCAGUGUGAAACCUGUGGCUAAGGCAACACCACCAUUUCUGAAACAGAACCUAGAAGAUGGACUCCAACAGGACUGGGAAGGCCAGUGUCCAAACUUCUUGACUUGCCCGCCAUUUCCUUAUCCAAGAUGGAAGAAUCGAAUAUCAAAGCCUGGCGGUCAAGAACACCCAUCCUCCUUGGAAGGAGUGGAGGAAGGGUAUCAGUGGCCUAGAAAAAAAUAUGCUACUCAAACCAGGGCAGCAUUCUGUGAGAAGGCCCACAAGGCCUAUGCAAACCUGAACUUUUCUGUGAACUUGAAGGAGGAGAUUCUGGAGGACAUCCCUGAUUCAGAGAGGCAGCGCCAAUGGUUCAGGCGGUUCUGCUACCAGCAGGCUGAGGGCCCUCGAGAGGCCGCUAGCCAACUCCGGGAGCUCUGCCACCGGUGGCUGAAACCAGAGGAGCACACUAAGGAACAGAUCCUGGAGCUGCUGGUUCUGGAGCAGUUUGUGAGCAUCCUGCCCAUGGAGAUCCAGAGUUGGGUCCAGGAAAGCAGCCCCGAGACCUGUUCUGAGGCGGUGGCCCUGGCUGAGGACUUCUUAGAAAGACAACCAGAGGAACGCCUGCCGAGCUCUCCAGGGAGGGACCAAGGACACGAAAGCUGCCGAUCUCCUUGGAAUAAUGUUUGUGUGGGGACUGGAUUUGACAAAUCCAAUACGAUUUGUUGGUGGGAAGGAAAUGGGGAGAUCACUCGGGUUCAAAUUCCGACUUAUCUAAUGGCUUGGGAAAGACUUUUGGAGAUCUGUUGCCAGACACAGCAAUUGGAUUAUUGGGCUGACAUAACAUAAAGCAAGAGCCUUACUAUAGCUUUCCCCCUACCCUGGGCCUUUGUAGGGCGCUCCCGGCAUUGUUGCUAUUUAUAAUGUUUGCUGCAACGGAAGAGCAAAUUUGUUAAACCCAUGGGAAAUGCCCAUGGUUGUGUUUUAAUAUGAAGUAAUUUUGAAUACAUCAGCCAUGUGCAGGUUUUGUUCUAUUCCCAUCCAUUUUGUGUAGCAAGUUCCUUGUGUACGCUUCUCAAAAUGGGGGUUUGGCCCAAGGAAGGUUGGUGACUGCUCUGGUUUAGAUGCUGUGGAUAUCUCUAUGAUUGAUGGGAACUGCAGUACCCGGCAGCCAGAAGCACCCAGGAAAAGAAAGGGGCUUAUGGUUGUUAGCUCACUUCCUGCUAAGAGGAGAGAGGCCCAAGUUAGAGAGUGGAAAUAUCUACCCCAUCAUUGCUGGGCAACUUGCAAUACUGGUAGU